AUGUCCACUUCCCAGUCACAUCCUUCCCCUGCCACCCAGCAAUCGCCUCACCCUCAACAACAGGGCAUCUACCAAUAUGGCAACCCGAUGCUCUACCCCACCCAGCAGGGGCAGCAGUAUAACCAAGGCGGACCCGGCCCGAGCACGAUGCAGCAAAUGCAGCAGCAGAUGAUGCAGGCCAACCCUGCUUUCCAGCAGCAGGGUUUGGGACCUCAUCAGAUGGCGGCUUUGCAGAGCAUCCAAAGGGGACCGUCGCAGCAGCAGCAGCUCCAGAUGUUGCAGCAGGCGGCUAGCGGACCACAGGGAGCGCAAGCACAGGCCUUUCUCAACGCCAUGCGGAACCAGCACUUUCAAGUACGACCAGGACCGCCACCUCAAUCGAAUGGACCUCUGCAGCCGACGAGGAUGCAGCAAUUCCAGCAACAGCCGGACGUCGCAAGGGUGCAGAUGCAGCAGGCGAUACCCAGGCAAGGAUCGCCAGUCAACCCUCCGUCGGCCUCCCCAAGACAACCCUCAUACGGCAGUCAAAACAACAUGCCCCCUCCUCCCCUUCCCACCACGACGCCUACCCAGCCAGGACACGCUCGGUUCACCCCCUCCCCCACCCAGCUCCAGCAUAUCGCUUUGGCUCAGCAAAAGAUCAUCGCCGACCCAGGGUUCCAGAGCAUGCCCUCGGCGCAGCAGCAGAUCCAGCUCAACAUGGUCAAUCAUCGCAUGAUGUCCAUGUUUGCUCAGCAGACUGCCGCGCCGAGUCCGAGCCACCUUCAGCAAUCCCUACCUAAUGGUCAGCCUCCUUUCUCGUCUCUGCCAUCGCAUAUGGCUCCGCGUCCAACCUCGGCGGCAAGUCAGCGGGCUCCAUCGCCCAGGCAAAGCACUCCGGGUCCGGCUCGGCCGCAAUCGCCAGCGGUCCAUACCUCCACUCCGCCGCCAAAUCAGCAGUACCCCAUCACUGCUAGUCCAGCGGGAUCGCAUCAGUCGAUCCAUCAUACCCCUAAUCACCAGCCCGCGGCGUCCCCUCAGCAACCUCCCCCUUCAUCCCAAUCUGGCAAUCAGGCUGGCCAAAACCAUAAUCCGGCACCGCCUGGGUCGGUCCCUCCCCCCUUCGACAUGUCCGGCUUUCCGUUCGACCCUCGUAUUCUCGGCCAGAUCGGCAAUCUGCAAGAUCCCGCUUGGCGACAAGGCAUGCAGCUGAGGAAUCCGGCCGCGCUGCAGACCGUCAUGAACGCGAGUAUGAUGAUACAGCAGGGAAAGAUAGCGCCGGAAACGCUGUCUAGAAUGCACAAAGUGCUUGCUUGGAUGAAGGCGGAGGCUGAGAGGGUGCGAAUGGCGGCGCAGGGUCCGGGGACGAGCGGGGCGGCAUCCCAAGCGCCCGCCCCGAGCGGUCCUCGGUCGUCUAUGGAUGGCAACGCACCACCUUCCGCCGGGCCUAUGCCGCCUCCAGCCUGGAUCCCAGGCUCGGCCGCCACGGCCACCACUGCUCUUCCCGUCCAAGCGCCGCCGGCCGCUCAACCUACCGCUCGCAAAGUCUCGGUACCGCUCAGUAUCCCGGUCAAGAGCUGGGAAGCUGCUCUCCGACCCUCACUCCCCUUCACGCAAAUCACCCCUCUCCCAUCCGACCCCGUCGCUCCCCUCGCGCCCGCCCCUCCCUCCUUCGACCCUACCUUCUCUGGCGCCCUCCCAACCCUCACGCCCACCGAAGUCACCGACGUCCGCCGGUGGAUCGAUACCGACCUUGCCUAUCUCGGCAACUUUGAAGCGCGAAAGAAGCAGGUUCAGGGCAAGAUGAUGAAUUGGGCCAAGGAGAGCGAUAUGGGGACGCCAUGGUGGAUGGUCCGCAAGGGCGAGAGCCAGAGUACCACUGGACCCGGGAUCAAGGUGAUCUGGCCGGAUGAAAAGGCUCGUGAGCGAUCCAGGGGGAUGGCGCGGGCGUCGGGCAGAAGUAGGCGGGAAAUCAGAUUUACCCCGAAACAGCUCAAGGCAAUGGCGAAUGUCGAAGAUCAUGUUAUUCCCAUCCGCCUUGAUAUGGAGGAGGGGCAGUACAAGCUCAAGGAUACAUUCAUGUGGAAUUGUUCAGAUACUGUUGUUCUGCCAGACCUAUUCGCCCAGUCCCUUUGCGACGACUUCAACCUUCCUCCGGCAGUCUUUAUCCCCAAAAUUGUCGCGACCAUCAACGAAAAGAUCCGCGAGUACAAGGAUCAGGUUAUGCCGCUGGAACCGCGCCUGCCAUCGUCGCCUAUCGGUGGCAAGUUGGAAGAAUCGGGAGAAGAGUGGGAUGCCUGGCGGAGGUUACGGGAAGAUGCGAUGCGGGAUGAUGACGAUAGCGGGGAAGAAGAAGAGGUGCGGACGGACGAGGGAGGAAAGGUCGAUCAUGGCGUCAUCAUUGUGAAUGGAGACGAGGAUGAGGAUAUCAAGCCAGAGAUGGAGGAUGGGAAGAUGGAGCAGAGGGUGGAUCUGCCAGUGACGGUGGAUGAGGCGAUGCAAAAGUGGGCGAUUAGGGACGAGGCGAUGGGAGAGGAUAUGCGGAUCUUGAUCAAGGUCGACAUUAUUAUUGGAACGCAAAAUCUUUCGGAUACGUUCGAGUGGGAUCUAUGCUCGCCUGUAACACCGGAAGACUUUGCCAUUAUGUAUACGCAGGAGCUCGGUCUGAACGGGGAAUUCGCAACCGCACUUGCACACGACAUCCACGAGCAGAUCCUCGUACACAAGCGCUGUCUCUUCCUCGUCGGCCACACGAUCGGUUCGGGCCACGUGCAAGAUGACGAAGUCCGCUCGUCCUUCCUCCCUGCCCUAUCCAACGUGCUUCGCAGGGAAGAUAUCGCCAUGUCGACCUAUACCCCCAUCUUUACCACCCAUACCGAAGAGGACGUUGCCAUGAUCGAGCGGGAACGCGAAAAGGAUUCCAAGCGCAAGAAGCGAGCCACGCGGGCUCGGCGCGGGAUCAUUCUUCCGGAUCGGGAACCGGUCAAGACGCAUCGGACACUGCUCAACCCGCUCGCGGCGAACGGACUCGCAGCGCCCAAGUUUGAGGACAUGACGCCGACUCUUCAGCCGGCACAUACGUCCCGCCGAGCUGCGGCUAUUGCUGCGCAGGCGAAUAUCAACCUCCUCGCGCAGGACUUGCCUAUCCCCGACAAGCCACCACAGUCGCCCUUGCCCCCUUUCGCUAGCAAGCGAGGCGGGAAGGGCUGGAAGAUCGGUCGAGGUCUCUCCCGCGCGAGUCCAGCGGGAGGGAGGGAGGGAUCGCUUCUUCCUGGUCCGGAGAGCCAUGCGGGUACGCCUACAGCCGCGUCGGCGGCGGCACUCCCUCCGCACCACCCGUUGUCCGGCCUCAAGCGGGCGUAUCGGGAUGAGGAGGAGGAGUCGCCCGGUGCACGCAAGCGUACCCAAGCUCGAUCUCCCGAGGGCGCGGAGGACGUCAAGCCAGUACUCGCCCCCGUGGCUAUCCCUUCCAGGCUCAACGGCAGCCGGAGUCGGAGCACUACGAGCCGGAGUCGGACCCCCGAAAAGCCGCGGGAACCCACGCCCAAAGUCCUCCUCCAGCGUAAACGCGUGCUGGAUGAUGACGACUCGGACUCGGACUCGUCCGACUCGUCCGACGACUUUGACGAGCGUGGGCGGAGUAAGAGCAAGGCGUCCAAGAAGGGUCGGACGUCCUCGGUGCAUACCGCUCGACGACCCUCUGCCGCCUCGUCCAAAUCCCCGACCAAGGCGCCUACCCCCGCGCCUGUAGCAGCUGCGGGCCCACCCGCGCCUACCCCGCCAGAAUGGUGCGAGGCCGCAGAGGCCGACACGAAGAGCCGGUACCCCCGAGACCACUUUUUCGUUGUUCCCAAGGGCAAGACGGAGCCUGGUCAGCCGGUCGAGUGGAGGUUGAGGUGUCUGGAUUGUCCUGGGAAGAUAUAUAACAUGGGACCAGGCGAAUCCUUCACUGGCUACGAGGUGCAUCUGCGUAAUCGGGUCCAUAUAGCGAACAGGGAGAAGAGGGAGGCGGGCGAGUAG